CCAAGGAAUGGAGUAGGGACCACAACUAUAAGAUUUGAAAACCAAAAGAACCUUUGGUAUCAAUUUUACUAAACUAUGAUAAAAGUUAGAAAGAAAAAUGCUUACCAUAUAGAACCAUAACUACAAUUUCCUCUAAUGUAUUCCAAGUUAAAUCAUAAAAGAAACUAAAUAUUAUAUUUUUUACCUAAUUUGGGUGGGGCGAAAAGAAAACGCCAUUAUCACGAUUAUUGUGGGAAUCAUUAGUUUGGUAUCAAUUAUGAUUUAUGACGCAUGAUUGGAGUUGUUUGAGCUCGCAUAGCACCAAAAUGCAAGUCCGUAGUGUCCUAAGAAUUGACUAUUGAGAUCAUUAUUGUAACCACAAAGAGAAUUUUAAAUAGAGUUGAAUAGUUUUGUUGUGUUAUUGUGUAUGGGCAAAGACAAAACGAUAAUGAAUCAUGACAUGAUCCUAAUACGUUCAUGACCUUGGAUACGUGUUGUUUGUCGGGUUGACGUGGAAUCUACACAGCAUGGGUCCACCUGCGACGCCGCCACCAGCCAGCCUACUCAAAGCAACACCGGAAAUACGCCGUCUCCGGUAAUGCCCGACUCGAUUUAAUCGGCGGAGUUUGAUUUGGUCUCCGGCGGAGUCAAUUCUGUACAUCAGAAGUUCAGAACCACCGUCAGAGAGAAUGGGGAUGUCGUGGGAAGACGUCGUUUUGAUCGAAGAACGGAAAAGUUCCGACGAACCAACCGUCGUGACGGUGAACUGCCCCGACAAGCCUGGGCUCGGCUGUGAUCUUGUACGGAAUGUACUCGAAUUCGGACUCUAUGUUACCCGUGGAGAUUUUUCUACAGAUGGGAAAUGGUGUUACAUCGUGUUAUGGGUUGUCUCGAGGCCAUGUUCGCUGAAAAUUGAUUGGGAGAGCUUAAAGCAGCGGCUUUUAUCUUGUUGUCCAUCGUUUUUGCCUGCGUUUUAUCUCAAUCAAUUACCCGAUUCUUCUAAACCACCUCCGAUUUAUCUGUUAAAGGUCUUCUCUCUUGAUCGAAAAGGGUUAAUCCAUGAUGUUACACAAGUUCUUUGUGAACUCGAGCUCACAAUUCAAAGCUUGAAAGUAAUGACAAACCCAGAUGGCAAUGUUUUGGACCUCUUCUUUAUCACUGAUCACUUGGAUUUAUUGCAUACCAAAAUUAGAAGAGAAGAAACGUGUGAGCAUCUAAGUGGCGUGUUAGGAGAAUGUUGUAUAAGCUGUGAACUUGAGUUAUCAGGGCCUGAAUAUGAAAGCCAAAAAGGGUUCACUUCAAUUUCGGAAGAAAUUGCCGAUGAAUUGUUUAGUUUUCAGCUUGCCACUAAGGAAGAUGAUCGAUCACAAGCUGUUAUAACGGUUGAUAAUUUAAUGAGUCCAGCUCAUACAUUGCUUCAAAUACAAUGCCUUGAUCAAAAAGCUCUCAUCUAUGACAUUUUAAAAAUCUCCAAAGACUGCAAUAUCCAAAUUGCAUAUGGAAGAAUCUCGAGUAGUGUAAAAGGGUACCGAAGUUUGGACUUAUUUAUACAAAAAGAUGAUGGGAAAAAGAUAUUGGAUAAGGAAAACCAAGUUGCUUUAUGUUCACGUCUAAAAGAAGAGAUGCUACAUCCAUUAAGAGUCAUUAUCACAAACCGUGGUCCGGAUACAGAACUUUUUGUUGCUAAUCCGGUUGAGCUUUCCGGGAAGGGAAGGCCGCGUGUUUUUUAUGAUGUCACAUUUGCAUUGAAGACACUCGGAAUAUGCAUCUUCUCUGCUGAGGUUGGCAGACACUCGACUGCAGAGCGCGAGUGGGAAGUUUAUAAGUUUCGAUUGGAUGAAACUCGAGGAUUUGUGUUAAUGAGCAAGCAAGCUAAGAUGGAUGUAGUUGAUAAGGUGAGAAGAGCACUAAUGGGAUGGUGAAUGAGAUUACAAGGGGUUCAUGAUGGAUUCAUGGCUAUGAAUGUGUUGUUAUUGGUGACUUUUGACCUUGGGAUUUGUGCAUUCUUUGGUUAUAAAUAUUAUGGUUGUUGUACCAUGAUUAAGUUUAAUAUUUUUGUGUUCUAUUUUUGAUUUUAUCAUCUAUGGGGUCAUGAGAAGUGAUAGAGCAAUAAUUAAUCUCUCUCCAAAAAUUAACACAUGCUAGAAAGGUGCAUUUAACACAUAUACAUAGAUAUUUGGACUUUUAAGGGUGGUUUUGUUGUAGGUGUAUUAAAAAAAAUCUAAAAC